AUGGCGGGCGCAGACGGGAGCGAGCAGGUGGCGGGGGAGGCGAGCGGCUGGGAGAGACAUGCAAGCAGCUGGGAGAGACAUGCAAGCAGCUGGGAGACAGACGAGGACGAGUACACAGCGAACGAGGACGGAAGCGAGCAGAUGGCGAGGGAGGGCAAGCAGCUGGGAGAUAGGCGAGGACGGAUGGACGGCAUGCACAGGAUACGGCGACGUGCAGCACAGGCUGCACAGCGCAAAUGUCCACCGCAGGCACGCAGAGCUAACACCUUUUAUGCAGACGCCUUUCAUGUUGACCGAGUCAGCACCUUCGACACCUCGGGGGGCUCCGGGAGGCCUCCUUGGACGUCGGUAGCGUCCCUCGGUGUUGCAGCCUUCGAUGCCUCCUUCGGGAUCGUUGGCUUUGACACAACCUCCUGCGGCGUUGCAACCUUGCAGGCUUCCCGAGGCGUAAGCGGGCUGAGUUCCUCCCUCAUCGGUGUCGGAGGUACAGUCGACCUCAAUGGCUCUACCCUCAGAACUGCUGGGACCCAAGAAGUCGAGGGCGAGCAGGCAUGA